GGCCAUGUGACCGGAAAGCGGAACUCGGCGGGGGAUGGUGGUGGCGCGGCGCGCGGUUCCCAUGGGGUCCUGGGCCGUCGCCCCUCCCUCCUCGCUGCGCUGCCUCGGCUCUCGGGCGGGUCCCCCCGACCCUUAUGAGGUGCUGGGGGUGCGGCCAGGGGCGACAGCGGCCGAGAUCAGAGCCGCCUUCCUGCAGCGCUGCAAGGAGGUCCACCCCGACGGGGACCCCCAGGACCCCUCCCGCCACACUCGGUUUCUGCUCCUGGCCGAGGCCUACGGGACCCUCAGCUCCCCCCGCACCCCCCCCCGAGACCCCCCCCGGGACACCCCCCCACCGAGGAGUCCCCCGCGCCGAGGAGAGACCCCCCGCCCUGGCAGCCCCCCGCGAUCUGACCACAACCAGCGGUACUGGGAGCAGUUCCGCCCCCCUGGGGGCCCCCCUGGUGCCCCCCCCCGCCGCCUGCUGGGGCUCUGCCUGCUGCUCGCAGCCCUGGGGGGGGUGGUGCACGCCCUCGCCUACAGGUACGUGGCUGGGGCCCAUGCUGCCUUCCUGGAUGAGAGGGACCGGGUGCUGCGGGCAGCCUACGAGCGGGCGCGGAGCCGUGCCGGGUCGCGGGAGGAGGUGCUGGGGCGGCUCCGGGCCUCGCUCCAGCGGGGCCGGAGGGGCGGGGGGGGGCGAUAA